GGCUGACGAGUGACGUCAGUAAAUGUCAAAAUGAUUUCCGAACACACAGGCGAUUUUAAUAGAUAAAUAUUUUUUAAAUCGUUCCUUUUAAUAAUGGUGCCUUAAAAUAAAUGUUUUACUAUCAUGGAAAACGAUACCAAGGAGUUUACAUUGCCACCGGCUCCGCGGGGCUUGUGUUUUGACCGAAACGACUUCGUUAAGACAAGUUUUUCGGUGGAUAAUUUCCUCGCAGAACACAACAAUGUCGCCUCUUUGGAGACUAUGCGAGAUGACCUGGGUGUCUAUCUUAAAGUUCUUAGGCUAGCCAUGAUAGAACUUAUUAACAAGGACUAUGCAAAUUUUGUGAACCUGUGUGCUACGCUAAUUGGUUUUGACAAGGCUAUCGUGAAAGUUCAGGUGCCACUGAGCCAGUUAAAUGAUGAAGUUUUAAGUGUAAAACAAUGCCUGGAAGAUGCUAUGAAAGAGUUAAUGCUCUGGCUCAAUCAGAGACAUGCCCUAAUAAAGAAAAAACAGCUACUAAAGUAUUACAGCCAGAGUAUCAAUUGUCUGAAUACACUGGAAAACAUUUUAAGUGACAUCACAGAUAAGAGACAACAGGAGCAAAUUAUUAUAGCAGACAGAGCCGCAAUGCAAUAUAACCAACUCAAAUUUUCUAUAUCAAAAUGUGACAGUCUUAUUAGACCUGAGCAAAAGAAACAAUAUAAUGAAGUUGGAGGAAAACUAGUCCAAAUGCUGAAUGAACUUCUCUUUCAGUUCUGGAAUGAUAAUAAUGAAGAGUAUCUGCUUAGAACGUUGCUCACAAUAACAAAAUUGGAUAGAGUGUCUGAAACAGAGAUGCUCAUUAGAAAACAAGCUGUAGCUCCUUUGCUUCAAGAUAUUAUAAAUGAACCUGCACUACAGAGAAAUAAAGAAGGUCUGCAAGGUGUCUACAAGAAUAUACUAUCUCUAUUGGACACCAAACUAAAGCUGCUUCUUGCAGUCACACAACAUUCCAAGUUGACAUUUCUCACAAAUAAAUAUAGAUUUUUAGUAAACUGCUUUUGGUGUGAGGUGGAGAGCCGCCUAGAAGUCAAUUUAGCUUCCAUAUUUGCUCCUGGUAAUCCACAACUAUUUUAUAGGAGGUACAGUGAGAGUAUGAGUUUUGUUACAAAAUUAGAAGAUUACUGUUCUUCAAAAGAAAUGGUUAAGCUGUUACAUGAAACACCAGAAUAUAAGAGCUUUCUGAGGAGAUGGAACUUGCCUGUCUAUUUUCAAAUUAGGUUUCAAGAAAUUGCAGGCGGUUUUGAAGCAUCACUCAAAUCUACAGCUACAUUGCAAAGUAAUGAUGGUUUCAUUUUAUUAGAAACAUAUAAAUGUUGGAAAGCUCUCCAGGACUGCUGGUCAGAUGGCAUUUAUAUUGAGGCUUUGGUUCACAAAUUCUGGAAGUUGUCGUUACAAUUGAUCUCUAGAUAUGUUACAUGGAUCACCAAUAUUUGUUCACAGAAAUCAGCUCCAAAAAUGGAAAUGACUGGCAUUAAUCAAAAGCUGGUUGAGAACAGUAUAAACUUAUACAUUGAUAGUCGAACACUGCUGCAGAAAUUGCCAAAGUUUAUAGAAUUUGUUGAAGAUAAAGUUAAUAAUAAUAAAAGUAAAGACAUAAUAAAACAAAGUUUAAAACCUGCAGAGGAACUUUUACAAGGAACAAAUACUAAAAUCUGUGAAUGCAUUGUCAAUGAGUUAUGUGAAUAUUUUGAUAUACAGCUGAAACAAGUUAGUGAUAUACCAAGAUUGUAUAGAAAAACAAACAGGAGCAUACCCACUAAACCAUGCACUUACAUUGAAGUGAUUGCCAAGACAAUGAUAGAGUUCAAUGAGGAUGCAUCAAAGAGAGUGGACAAUUCUUUUUUAGCAGAACUUUAUAAUUCAUUGUUUAAUGUUAUGACUGUAUUGUAUUAUAAAUAUGUUGAAGAUGUUUUGGUCUCUGUACAUAGAACUGAAGAGUCACUAAGAAGAUUAAAGCAAAUUCGGGAUAUGGGUACACAACAAACUAGUGACAGCCCAGGCAUCACUGAUGGAGACAAGAUUAGACUACAACUGAAUGUGGAUGUCGUCUCUUACACCAACCUGGCACAGAGUCUCCUUGUUAAUGUAAAUAGUGUGCACAAACUAACAGAGUUAUCAUUGAUGGUUACUGAUGCUGUAAAAAAUAUAGAUAUUAAAUGAUAUGCCCAGUUGUA